AUGGACGGCUUCAAUGAUGACAUUCUGACCAAAGGGCAGCAGGAAGUAGAUGAGAAGCACCUAGAUGCCGGCUUCGAGGCAAAGGCAACCUGCACCACAGAAGGUGCCACUGAGCCGGAAUUUAAAGGGAAGCCUGAAAAGGGAGGCAAGGUUCUCCGUUUGCUACUGGGCAAGCGUGCAAGCAAGCCCGGUUCCACCGAUGAGGAGCUGGGUCUGAAGAAGAAAAAGCUAGAGGAUAGCAAGACCCAGGAUGUGGCUAAUGCCGCUCCAUUCGAAGAAGAAGGCGAUGCAUCCAACAAGAAGCAGGAGCAAGAGGCUUUCGACGUUACCAAGAUGCCGCCGGGAUCUCCAAAGGCUGGAGAUGGCACUCCACAACACAAGGGUGUCUCCGGACUAAUCAAAGAUGAUGAAAUAGUCUACGAAUCUCUUGAAGGCAUUGAGGCAGAGGUGACCAACACUACUGAUGAAGGCAUCAAGGAAGAAGAUGCCACUGAAGAGCAGACUGAAGAGGAUACAUCAGAGGGAGACAAGGAUGAUGAAUCAUUUUCGAAAGGAGAAGUGGAGCUACUGGAGCUAGGCGAAGUCGAAGAGGAACUGGGCGAGGUUGAGGAGGAACUAGGUGAAGUCGAAGAGGAAGACGAGGAUGAGGGAUCCGACGAGGUGGUGCUCGAGGACGAUGAUGGGUCCGACGAAGUAGUCGAGGACGAUGAUGGGUCCGUCGAAGUAGUCGAGGACGAUGAUGGGUCCGUCGAAGCAGUAGAAGCUGGCGUAACACUGUUGGACAGAGCCAACAACAGCAGGCAGGAGAAGGCAGAAGAAUCGCAUCUUGCUGUGGAGCUUGGAAAACUCAAACUGUGA